ACGCCAGAGCGGGCGUCCGAGAGGAGAGGCGGACUUCGGCGGAGGGUCGGCGCUCGCCCAGGUGAUGGCGCCCCCCACGGCCUAGAGGUCCGGCGCCCGCAGCGAGCCUCGCGGUCUCCGUGUGUCCGACAGAGUCCUGGUUACAGUGAAGAUGUCGGUCCCGCUGACCAGGCUGUCCUGCCCGGCAUAUCAAUGCUUCCAUGCCUUAAAAAUUAAGAAAAAUUACCUACCUCCGUAUGCCAUAAGAUGGUCUUCAACUUCCGUUGUACCUCGAAUUACUACCCACUAUACAAUAUAUCCCCGGGAUAAGGACAAGAGAUGGGAAGGAGUGAGCAUGGAGAGGUUUGCAGAAGAAGCAGACGUAGUAAUAGUUGGUGCAGGCCCGGCAGGGCUGUCUGCAGCUAUUCGUCUAAAGCAGUUGGCUGCUCAGCAUGAAAAGGAUGUCCGAGUGUGUCUAGUGGAGAAAGCUGCUCAAAUAGGAGCUCAUACUCUCUCAGGGGCUUGCCUUGAUCCGUGUGCUUUUGAAGAACUGUUCCCAGACUGGAAGGAGAAGGGAGCUCCACUUAAAACUCUUGUAACAGAAGACAGAUUUGGGAUUUUAACAGAGAAAGGUAGAAUUCCUGUGCCAAUUCUUCCAGGUCUUCCAAUGAAUAACCAUGGCAAUUACAUUGUACGCUUGGGACAUUUGGUAAGCUGGAUGGGAGAGCAGGCAGAAGCCCUGGGUGUGGAAGUAUACCCUGGUUAUGCUGCUGCUGAGGUACUUUUUCAUGAAGAUGGUAGUGUAAAAGGAAUUGCCACUAAUGAUGUAGGGAUACAAAAGGAUGGUGCACCAAAGGCAACAUUUGAACGAGGACUAGAACUACAUGCUAAAGUCACGAUUUUUGCUGAGGGUUGCCAUGGACAUCUAUCUAAGCAACUAUAUAAGAAGUUUGAUUUGAGGGCCAAUUGUGACCCCCAAACCUAUGGAAUUGGACUGAAGGAGUUAUGGAUUAUUGACGAAAAGAAGUGGAAACCGGGGAGAGUAGAUCACACGGUUGGCUGGCCCCUGGACAGACACACCUACGGAGGCUCCUUCCUCUACCACUUAAAUGAAGGGGAACCACUCGUAGCUCUUGGUUUUGUGGUUGGCCUGGACUAUCAAAAUCCCUACCUGAGUCCAUUUAGAGAGUUCCAAAGGUGGAAACACCAUCCCAGCAUUCAGCCAACAUUGGAAGGUGGAAAAAGGAUCGCGUAUGGAGCCAGAGCUCUGAAUGAAGGUGGCUUUCAGUCUAUACCAAAACUCACCUUUCCUGGUGGUUUACUAAUUGGUUGUAGCCCUGGUUUUAUGAAUGUUCCCAAGAUCAAAGGUACCCAUACAGCCAUGAAAAGCGGAAUGUUGGCAGCAGAGUCUAUUUUUAAUCAACUAACCAAUGAAAAUCUCCAAUCAAAGACAAUAGGUCUUCAUGUACCUGAGUACGAGGACAAUUUGAAGAAAUCAUGGGUGUGGAAAGAGCUAUAUUCUGUUAGAAAUAUAAGACCAUCCUGCCAUGGAAUACUGGGUGUAUAUGGAGGGAUGAUUUAUACUGGAAUUUUUUACUGGAUAUUUAGAGGAAUGGAGCCAUGGACUCUAAAACAUAAAGGUUCCGACUCUGCUCAGCUCAAGCCAGCCAAGGACUGCACACCAAUUGAGUAUCCAAAACCUGAUGGACAGAUCAGUUUUGACCUUCUGUCAUCAGUGGCUCUGAGUGGUACUAAUCAUGAACAUGACCAGCCAGCACAUUUAACCUUAAAGGAUGACAGUGUACCUGUAAAUAGAAAUCUGUCAAUAUAUGAUGGGCCCGAACAGCGAUUCUGCCCUGCAGGAGUUUAUGAAUUUGUACCUUUGGAACAAGGUGAUGGAUUUCGAUUACAGAUAAAUGCUCAGAACUGUGUGCAUUGUAAAACAUGUGAUAUUAAAGAUCCAAGUCAGAAUAUUAACUGGGUGGUACCUGAAGGUGGUGGAGGACCUGCUUACAAUGGAAUGUAAACUACAACUGAUUUUAUUUGCAGUCACAAUUGAAAGCCAAUUUACCCCAAAUUAUGGAAGCUAACUUCAAAAUGUUUAGAGGCUAACAAGUAUAUAUCUUAUAGCACAGUGCUCAUUUUCAGUGAAAUAAAAAUUUUGUACUGUGCCUACAGUUGUCCCAUAACAAAAUACUUCUCUUAAAUAAAAUUUAAGUGAUGUAGUAGCAAUUUACCUCUUUAAUUCUUCAAAGAUUCAGUAUCAGCAAAAUCACUAUGGACAUUAAUUUGUCCAAUUGAAGACUUCAAGUAUAGAAAUAAAGGUAUAAACCAAAGAAUGGCAUCUAGCCGACCAGCUUAUUCUUAUGAAGUUUUAUUGGUACAUAACCAUGCCCAUUAGUUUACAUGUGGCUACUUUUGAGCUACAAUUACAGAAUUGAGUAGUUAUUAAAUGAUCCACAAAGCCUAAAGCAUUUAUUAUUUGGCCCUCCUAAGAGAGAGUUUGCGGAUCCCUGAACACACAUACCUAUAUCACAAAACCCCUGCACAAACCAACCACAGAGAUACAGCAAAGAAUUGAGGGAAACAAUACAUGACUUAAGCUUUCAUCUGUUUAUUCAAUAAGACAUUUCUUUCAGAGUUUAGAAAUAGGUUGGAUACCAUUAGUCUUUGUGAAUAAUGCAGGCAACCAUUUUUUAAAAAUCAACUUCACUGUGUUUUAUAGCACUGUUUUGUUAAGAGUGAACCCUUACCAGUAUUCUUGAAGUGUAUAUGAUGGAGAACUGAGGUGUCAAUACAUUAGGGAUCAUGUAUAAUAGAUAAAAUUCCUUAAGUUUUCUUACUGACUUUAUACAAUCAAUGUAUGUAUUUAGGCAAACUGAAUUCCUUAUUAAGCAAACAUUUUUGCAUAUGCUGCUUUCUCUUUAUCUUUCUGUGCCUUUAUCUUUUGUUUGACUUUCAGCAAUUCCACUUGGAUAGCUGCAAAAUAAAUGUGAUUUGAGUUAUUUCUUAAAACAUCAAAGAAAUUAGGCUAACCGACAAACUGUUUUAAUAUGAUGGUAAACACCACCUUGAUGAAUCUUUUCGUCUCUACAAAGUAUUAUCAGAAAAUAUUACUCUAGAAAGCAUUCACACAAACAGAAGUGUCAUGGAGCUUAAGAACCCUAACUGAAUUGUACAGAGAUUUGUCUUAGCCCUCUCCAUUAGAGGGCAAUUAAGUGCCUCCCCUACUUUACCUCAGCAAUAAGAAAUCAAAGAUAUAUUUAAUAUCUACACCAGGUAUCAUUAUUCAUUGUUGAUUUACUACAAAAACAAACUUCUGGCAAAGCUUUCCUAAAAUAUAUAUACAGAGCUAGAAUAAAAAUUAAAACCACAUUCAGCUUAAGGAAUGGUCAGACCCAAACAUUAAUUCACCAUAGUCUAUCUUUUAGUGCUACACUUUCACAGGAACAGCCUUUCAAGUAAUGCAACAGAACAACUAGUAAUCAGAUAUGUGAAAAUUAGUUUCACGUACUAUUCAGAGGGACUAAGAAUGUAAGCUCUUUGAGGGCAGGGACCUUGACAAUCAUGUAUGACUGAUGUCUGGCCCAAUAAUGGACAUUCUGUAAUACCUGUUGAACAGAUAUCUAAGUGAUAAAGAGUACAAUGAUUCAUGAGGAUAAAUCCUUGACAAAGUGACCUUUCAUUACAAAACUGACAACUUACCCUUAUCUUCUGGUGCUAUCUCCUGAGCUUUCUUAAGGUCAGCCUUUAAUCAGAAAAACGUUAAAGAAAUAUUAGGUAUAUGAUUUAUGAAGGUGGCUGUCUAUUUUUAAAAAUUAAAAUUAAGAGCAAAAUGUUACCAGUGCUUGAUCAUAUUCUUUUAAUCCUUGCCAUCCUUGAGCUUUACGGUACAGUGCUUUGGUAUUUGAUGGGUCUACUUUAAGAGCCUACAAAAAAUUAUAAAACACUUUAUGUAAAUAUUAAAUAGUAAAUACAAAUGCUAACUCUCAAUGUAUUGCCUACUAGCCCCAGUAAACCCUUCUUGGAUCCUGUAAAUCUUUCUCCUCUAUCAACUGGCACAGAAUUGUUUUGUCAGUAGGGGGUGCCAAAUGGACAUGUAUAAGAAAGAUGUUCUAUCGUGCUACUCUCAUUAGACUGCUACAGCAAAUCAUAGCUUCUUCCCUUAGACAACUUCCCCAGGCCCUCCAGUGUUCCCACAAGUAUGGUGAGUACCCGAUGACCCUCUCUGCUACCCAGGGAGUCAAAGCCAUGCCCUCUCCUAUGGGGUCUGGAUCUCAGCCCGUGGGCAUCAAGAGUGCCUAUUCCUUGGGGGGGGGGGGUCUAUCUCAGCUUCAGGGAAGUGGCUGUGCCUAUAUUUUUCAUAUAUAUAUAUAUAUAUAUGCAUAUAUAUAUGCUAUCCUCGUGGUUUUUUUUUUCCAAUUUAUUAUUUAUACAAUAGCUGGGGUACAGGCCAGAGGCACGGAAGGGUGAGAGGAUUCACCACAGACAGUGGGGAGCAGAACAGGCAGGCUGACUGAAAUACACUGCUGAGGGGGGAGCAGUGGGCGAGACAGGAGAGGUCAGCCGUGCCAUGUGGGAAUCUCCCUGGCUGGCCGGGAAUCAAACCCGCACUGCGGAGGCUGUGGACAGCUUCACAGCACUGUGCUCAACCUGCUGCACCACCAGGGAGGCCCUAUCCUUAUGUUCUUUAGAAUUGUAUUUACUAGCCAAUCCCUCAUUAUUCCAAUUUCCUCUUAUACAUAUUCUUGUAUAUUGGACAUAUUCUUGAAGUUUCUCUGUUCAAUGUACUGUGUAGUUUGUCUCCUAAUUGAGUCCUAACUGAUGACAUUUCAAAUGAAAAUAUGUAUACACUUUUACUUGAAAUCUAGGAGGAUUUUUAGGAACAUGAGUUAACUUAAUAGAUCUCUCCUCAGAGACAAACUUUAAAACAGUAUGUUUUUCAUACACAUCAUUGUAAAUCAUUACCUCAAUAAACAACUUUAAAAAAAAAAAAAA